AUAGAUACUCCAUUAUCACCAAGAGAGAAUAUAAACUGAUAUUUUCAUGAUUAUCUCUAAUCAGUCGGGUAAUUAUCGCCCAUUUCCGGAUCGAAUCCACUGAUUUCCUUCCUGUUAGACCGGCCAAACGACUUAUGAUCAAAAUCAAAUAACCAGCAAUUAUCUACCCUUCUAAAACUGUUGCCUAUUAAGGACUAUCACUAAAUUGUCGCAUUUGGAAAUAUAGUGAUAACCAAAUUAACUUCGCAAUAUCAACUCAAGGAUUGAUUCAGAAAUUUACGUGAUAUCACGAUCAACUGUUUGUAUCUUGUCAGACCUCCCAGUCCAAUAAAAGCUGUAUUUGUGACAGUUAUUUACCUUCAAACCACACACCUGGUACCCGUGAUAUGAUUGUUAUGAAUCACUUUACAAAACAAUCCUUUGCUGUCACAUGCUAUCAUUAGUUAUUCAAAGGUAGUUACCUCAGAAACCGUUGCUGGUGAAGAAGUCAAAAGUGCAGUUGUCAAGACCUUGGAGUUAAAUUUUUUGUCGAAAUCGAAGUCAGGUGAAUCAGGAAUAGCGAGAAGAAUGGAAGAACGUUUGCUCAUGAGACUGGUGGUUGGACAGUUGCUGCUGGUUGUCGUAUCCUCAGCAGCUCCACAAGCACAGUAUCAACUUCGUCGUCCAGUUCAGACGAAUGCGCAAACACGUACCUUUCCCCAAAACACACUGGGUAGACAAACAGGUCCACAAACGCAAUUUCAAUUUCGGCGUCCAAUUCAGAUGGGUGCACAGGCCCGCAGUUUCCUUCCAAACCGUUUGAACGCAAAGAGAGGUUAUACAGCUGGACGUUACCCACCUCUCCCAUCCAGAACAGGGGCACAGUUACCGGCUGACAACAGGAAUUUUAUCCCCAAUAGAUUUGACAUUCCAGCGAGUGUUAUACACAAAAAGCCUGGAUCAUCAGUAGGGUGUGUUGGGGUUGAUCCUUGUGGAUUACUUCCCCCCUAUUCUUCACCAGCUCUCCCACAUGCUCCCCCUCCGCUACCUUACACCGGAUUCCCCCCACCACCUGUCCCAUACGGCCCCCAGGGGUACGCUCAAUCAGCCCCCAUGGCUCCCAAUGGGUAUGGUAUGCACUCAAUCAACACCAUGGCUCAGGAUGCAGCGGCAGCAAUGGCCGCUAAAUUAAAACUUCUUGGUGGGACACAUCCUGAGAAAAAAUUCGUGCCACAUCUUCCUCCCAUGGGGAGACCACAGCCGGGAAAACCUCCUUAUAACCCUCCACCUCCGGCUCCGGAGCCACCAGCAGCAACAGCAUUUGCCCCAGGGCUGCCUGGCCAGCUGCCAUAUCAGCAGCCAUUUGGCUACAAUCAACAAGGCAUGCCUCCUCAAACAGCUGAAUUCGGCGCCCAACCGGCUCCCGGGUUUGCUCAGCCGGUAGCGCCUCCGAUGCAAGGAAGCUUCGCUGAUCAGCAACCUCUACCGGCGCCAGCUACUUUUCCCCAGGACCAGGCCCCUGCAUUUACCCCUCAGCAGCCAUUGUCCACGGGACCUCAACAGGUAGAAACACCACAGCUGGUUAACAAUGAUGACCCUCAAGUGCCUUUUUCAGCUGAGAUGAAUCAAGCCCCUGCGUUUAAUGAUCCAGGACAACAAAUGGCACCUAAUGGCUCUUUUGACUUGGCAAAGAAGAGAAUGAUGGCUUUGAAACUAAAAGGUCAAAUGAAGAGAUUUGGAGUUCCAAGACCAGUACAGAAAUCCAGGCUGGCACCCAAGCCCUUGUUCAAACGACAUUUCUAAUAUAAUUUCUAAACAAAUGAUGAUUUAAACCUGAGUAAAUCUAAUUUAAUAAAUCUAAAAUAUAUGACGCUUUUCAUUCA